UAACUCACUGAGAAAAUCUUGAUAGAAGUACAGAGAGACUUCUUGACAGAGAUGUGACCUGCCCGGACAUCAGGAACGAUCUGCCCUUAUUGUCGAUAGCUAAAGUUGAUUAUUUCAAAGGACUAUCUAUCCGGACAAAUAGCAAUGGGGAAACUUUUGCUAUUUUUAUUGGUUUCUUUUCUUUUGUUGGAUGUGACAUUUCAAUCCAAAGGGAAAAGGGCCAAGAAAUCCAAGUGCAACAUCACUGUAAUUCCCAGAACAUUUAAAGGAAAAAUCAUACAGUUAAAGUCUGUCUCUCUCCCGAAUGCCUGCCAACAGACACAGACACAACAAGCACCCCAUUAUUCUGGCCCCCCCACUGCCUCUGCUCCUACCCCUCCGGUGCUGUGGUUGCUAAGCAACGACACAGCGGCGUACCUCGCCGGCCCGCUGAGCAGGUGGGUCAUCCCCAGUUUUUACAUGCUGGCCAUUGUCGUGGGGAUCCCGGCCAACGUUGCCAUCUUGUCCUCCGUGGCCACCGAAGUCAGGAGGGUGUCGUCGGCCAUCCUCUACUGCAGCCUGGCCAUCUCCGACCUCUUCCUCCUCCUCUCCCUCGUCUUCAAGGCCCACUACCAUCUCCAUGGCAACCACUGGGUGUUCGGCGAGACUGCCUGCCGCAUCGUCACAGCCUGUUUCUACGGCAACCUGUACUGCUCGGCACACACACUAGCCUGUAUUAGCGUCAAACGCUACCUGGCCGUGGUGCGCCCGUUUCUCUACAAGAGCCUCCCCAAAAGGGCCUAUACCGCCUGGGCCAGCGUGGUUGUUUGGGGGGUGUUUGGGGCUGCUGUCAUACCCGAGCUCCUGGUCCGGCAGAGCUACCACCUCCCUCAGCUAGGCCUCACUACUUGCCAUGAUGUUCUUCCACUGGACUACAGCUCCCAUGCUCCUCUGCUCUACUACAAGCUGGGCCUGACCUUUCUGGGUCUACUAGUCCCGCUGGUGGUCACGGCUGUGUGUUAUGCACGGAUAGUCCGAGAACUCAACCACUCACACCACGACUGGGCGCUGUAUGUCAAGGCUAGCUCGCUGGUGUUUGUGAUUUUUGUGGCAUGUUUCGGCCCCGCCGGGACCCUCCACUUCCUGCAUUAUGUGCGUCUGUUGGCAAGCGAAGAGGACAGCUUCUACGGCUACUUCAAUGUGGCAGUGUGUCUGUGCUGUCUGCAUGCCUGCCUGGACCCAUUCCUCUUCCUCCUUAUGUCCAAAUCAACCGGAUCCAAACUCCACUUCAUGACUCUGAGCAUCUCCACCUGAAUCUUAAUCCGGAACAAAAGUACAAAAUAAUCCACAUUUAUUCCAUGAUCUUCAAGGGGAAGACCAUGAGCAUCCCCACCUGAAUUUGACGUAACCUGGAUUCGAAUUUGGACCGCAACAUCAGGCCUAAAUUUGGGUCAGCCACUUCAAUCUAGAUCUCAACUAUGUGACUGACUAUCGGAAGAUAAGGCCAGAAACUGGAUCAGGGUUUGAGACAGUUAUGGAUCUCAGUGAGGUUUCUCAUCUCAGAUCCAGUUUCAUAUGUGAAAUCGGUUUAGAUCUGUGUGUGACUCUUUUUUUCUUUUUUGAACCCUUAUUUUACUAGGUAAAUUGACUGAGAACACAUUCUCAUUUACAGCAAAGACCUGGGGAGUAGUUACAGGGGAGAGGAGAGGGGAUGAAUGAGUCAAUUGGCAAUUUGUUGUUGGCAAGUCAUAAACGGGACCCUUCCAACCACAAACAGAGAGAGGAACAUCAACUACUGUAUCAAUGCUGGGACUCUGAGUAGAUUGGACUGGAAUUCUGUGUGUGGGGGGGGGGGGGCUAUAUAUGUCUAUUGUAUGUGUUGUUUACUUACAAAACCUAUUAAAAAUGUUUUUAAGGAUACAUGUGAAAUAUUUACAUUUGGCCAAAUAAUGUAUACAUUCCAAAUUCCAACAUAUAUUACAGAAUGUUCUUCAAAUGUAAAUACAGGGCCUUCAGAAAGUAUUCACACCUCUUUACUUUUUCCACAUUUUGUUGUGUUACAAAGUGGGAUUAAAAUGUAUUUAAUUGUGAUUUUUUUUGUCAAAGAUCUACACAAAAUACUCAAUAUGGAAGAACAUUUCUAAAAUGUGUAAAACAUUCAUGAAAAAUAAUAAUACACUAGUAUAUCUUGAUUAGAUAAGUAUUCAACCCGCUAGGUCAAUAAAUGUUAGAUUCACCUUG